CCGGCUGGCGGGGGCGGGCGCCGCUCCCUCGGCGCUCCCCGGAAGUGGCGGGCCCCGCUUCCGGCCGCUGUCCUAAGAUGGCGCCGCUUGACCUGGACAAGUACGUGGAGAUCGCGCGGCUCUGCAAGUACCUGCCCGAGAACGACCUCAAGCGCCUCUGCGACUACGUGUGCGACCUGCUGCUGGAGGAGUCCAACGUGCAGCCGGUGUCCACGCCCGUCACCGUCUGCGGCGACAUCCACGGGCAGUUCUAUGACCUGUGCGAGCUGUUCAGAACUGGCGGUCAGGUCCCUGACACAAACUACAUCUUCAUGGGUGACUUUGUAGAUAGAGGUUAUUAUAGUCUUGAGACUUUCACUUACCUUCUUGCACUAAAAGCUAAAUGGCCUGAUCGUAUCACACUGUUACGAGGCAAUCAUGAAAGCAGGCAGAUAACUCAAGUGUAUGGAUUUUAUGAUGAGUGCCAAACCAAAUAUGGAAAUGCUAAUGCUUGGAGAUACUGUACCAAAGUCUUUGACAUGCUCACAAUAGCAGCUUUAAUAGAUGAGCAGAUUCUCUGUGUGCAUGGUGGCUUGUCUCCAGACAUCAAGACACUCGAUCAAAUUCGAACCAUUGAACGUAAUCAAGAAAUUCCGCAUAAAGGAGCCUUUUGUGACCUUGUCUGGUCUGAUCCAGAAGAUGUAGAUACUUGGGCGAUUAGUCCGCGAGGAGCAGGCUGGCUGUUCGGUGCAAAGGUGACAAAUGAGUUUGUUCAUAUCAACAACUUAAAACUCAUCUGCAGAGCACAUCAGCUAGUGCACGAAGGCUAUAAAUUCAUGUUCGAUGAGAAAUUGGUAACGGUAUGGUCUGCUCCAAACUACUGCUACCGUUGUGGAAAUAUUGCAUCAAUCAUGGUCUUUAAAGAUGUAAAUACAAGAGAACCAAAGCUAUUCCGUGCAGUUCCAGAUUCAGAACGCGUAAUUCCUCCUAGAACAACUACGCCGUACUUCCUUUGAGACCUCUCCCAGCCUGCUGUUUCCCUGCUCCCUUGUACUGUCCCUUUACAAUAUACUUUUUACUGAGCACUUUGCUGCUGAAAUGCUGCCUCUUGCUUUUUUUAUUUUUAAAUUAUCUAAAUUUAUUGUGUAUUAUGGUGUCUGUAGCAAGUUCCUUUUUUUCCUACCCUAGAUUGAUUUCAGAAUAUUUGUAAUAUGUCCUUGACAUUUAUACUACUGCAUGUAGUUCUUACAUAUUUCUGGGUUUAGAUGAAAUGUUUUCCUUUUAAAUUCAUAAUACAUUGAACCAUGUCGAUCCCGUUGUAUAUAUCAGCUUUUUGUUUUGUAAGUUUUAAGAAGUUUCAGCAGCAAAGUUACUGUCCAGCGUGCACGAUGGGGCUGUGAACGCGUUGUGUUGUGUACACGUCCAAGAUGUAGAACUGAAUCGUCCUCGUUAUAUCUCAUUUUAAGUGGAUAAAGAAUAAAGUGGUCGAAAGGGCUGCCCUCCCCUCCCCCCUUUUUUAGGACUUCUGUUAAAAAUACGCAAAGACCUGCUACAGCUCUUGAAUUUGUACAUUAAAAUAAUUGUUCUGAUUUUUUCAGAUACCUUGUAUUUUUAAUAAAGUCGUAUCUUAAAUGAAAGCCACCUCUAGGUUAAAUAAUGCCAAUAAAAACCUGCGUUGUUGCCGUGAA